AUGCCUGGUGUACAACAUCUUAUCGACUUUGUGCUGAACGAAGUCGCGCUCUGCGGCAAUCAAGGCGCAACGUUAUCCGAUCUACUGCAAGCCAUUGAUGACUUCCAUACUCAAACUCAGGAUGUGACCGAAAUCAAGCAAAAUGUUGACCACCGAUUCAAAGCCAAAGUCUGGUCCUGGAUCACGACUAACCCCGAGGUGUCCAUUGGCCAGCACAAUGAAUGGAAUCAUCUCACCUUGAAUGAAGCCGAGAAGCUUGACUCGCGAAAAAAGAAGAGCGAUGAUCCUGAAGUCAACCAAAUCGGGGAUCAGAACCUUGAUUUACCGCCGCUUCGAAUCUAUGUCUCAGAAGAGAGAGCCUGGCUUGCUAUCACUGGCCAUCCACCAGAUGAGUCCAAGGUACUGCCUCUUGAAUUUGCUUUGCUUUCAGUGAUUGCUUCACGCAAGUCAAAGGGUAUUGUGCAGCCGGACCUGGUGAAGCUUAGUGGCCAGGACAAACGGUCUGUUCCGAAGCGUACCGAUGCUUUGCAGAGAAAGGGCUACAUCGACAAGCGACCUGUGCAAACAAAAACGGCCCGAACCAGUCUCUGCACACUGCAGCGAUUCUACCGGCACGCCACCGGUGAUCAAGCAAAGGAAGAACCGCAAUUGAAGAAUAUGAUUGAUUUCGACAGCUUCAACACCAGUUUGUUCGACAUUCUCCGAGAACACCAAUUGAUUGCACGCAACGAUUUGAAAAGGCUCUUGGGCUUUGAUGACCAUUGGCGUUGGAAAGUCUUGUCCCGUGCCCUCCGCAAGUGGGAGCGGAUAGGUGUGGUCCAACGUGUGAGAGCCGAAUCACAAUACGAAAGAAUGCAUCCUUGUGUGAAGCUUUUACGGGAUCCCACGGAGCAAGAUCUGGCUCUUUUUCAUGAAUUUAACUUUGAUAUCUUAAACAAGCAUGGGGUGCGAGCCAAAGGAAACAAACUUACCCCGGGCCAAAACCAAUAUAUGGAACUGGACGACCCAAGCAAAAGAUCGCCUAGUCCGGAGGACGGAAGAAUGGACAUGAUCAAAGAGCAAAUUGGAGAUUCCGCACGCAUCGUACCUUCAUGGACUCCAGAUCGUAACCUCAAUAACCAAAUCUUUGACGUCAUUGAAAGAACAGGCACAACAGGCAUCACGAACCAGACCCUCAACUGGACUUGCUUUGGGUCCUUUUACAAGAGAUCUGCUGAAAGCAUGGUACAUCGCUUGGUUGAUUUAUGGCAAGUGGCCCAGCCACUUCAUCUCCGCCAUUACGCCAUCGUUCGUGAUAUGGCAAUGAAAAAGACCAUCAUGUUCUAUGUCCACUAUUCGGCAAACAACUUUGCCAAGCUUGUUGAAGCUGGCCAGGCAUCAUGGGAGGCCGUUGAGAUUCCAGCCAAGAAAGCUAAAUCCCUAAAAAUCGUGGCACCUUCUUUUGGUGUUCUUCCUGAGCUUGAUGAGUAUGGAUUCCUCAUGAAAGCAUUCCCAAAGAACAUGUUGAAAGACCCAAAUUCCACUCUCCUCGAUGGGAUCAUGGCUGUCAAACCACCCAACUAUCUUCUUUCUUCGAGUGAUCCGUUCGUUGUUGAACUUCCAAAUGGCCAACAUGUGAUCCGUACACGUGCCGACAAACUCCCGCCUGGCUCUAAGCAGCAGUAUGAGCCCCGUUUCCGACCGAAAGGAAGACCGAAAGGCAGAUUGAACCGCGCGACUCUGGAAAAGCGUGCCAGAGAAUCCAAAACCAGAGAAACCAAAGCCAAAGAAGCCGCAGUCACAGAAUCUGAAGCUAGCGUAUCUGAACCCAGACAAUCUCAAGCCAUGGAAUCUCAAAUCGAAACCAAGCAGGAGCCUAGCCAAGGUCAUGUCUGGGAAUACGUUGAGGAAUUCCCGCGAGCCAAGAGAGCCAAGAUUAAGCAUGACAACCUGAAGGGAUUAUCAAAACAAGAGAAAUUUGAAGCACUUGGUAUGGAUGAGAGUUGGACUGAAUAUAAGGCUCUUGUCAUGGACAAGCCUGCUCCUGGUGUGUACGUGACUCCCCACGGCCGAAGAAGACCAGCUGGCAAAGCCCGGGGUCGCCCGAGACAGAGUCGAAUUGCGAUCUUCAAAUCACCCAAUUUGGUGUCAAUGCCUUGGUUUGUCAAGGAUAAAGAUGACUCAAGUGAUGAUGACAAGGUCUGGGAUGCUACUGCAAGCACUCGAGCAUCUGAGAGCGUUGCCCCCGAAUCUGCACAUCCAGUUAUCAACUCCGAAGGGCCUGCCAUGACCCCCACCCCGACAACUUUGAGAGGGGUCAAGAGAAUUCUACCUGACCAGCCAGAGGACUUACCUACACCAUCACCGAGCUUCAAAGCCAACGAAAUGAAAAGAGGGAGGCCUCCCAAACGAUCUCGUCUUCAAAAGGCCCAGGAUGGAAGCAUAGAGGGACUCUUGAAAGAUGCCGAUGAGAUACCGCCCGAGGACGUAAUUCCAGUACCCCAAGAGCGCUCAAUCAAAGCGAUGACACCACGCCAUCGUGACAAGAGUGCUAGCGUUCAUCUACUCGAAGACGAUAAAGCUGGAACUCCAUUAAAGCGACUCCGCGUAACAUCCUCUGAUUGCACCAGCAACGACCCCACGACUCUACAAUCCCCGACACCCCGUCCAUCCGAUGUUCUGACACCACGAUCUGGCUCCGUGGGCCCCCAGAAAUUCAAUUUCAGCGCCCAUGGCACCAAGCAUGCAAAAAAGCAACGUGUUCGGAACAGAAUAAACAUCAGAUCCUUGCGCGUUCCAGAAGACGGAGAAUCGGGAUCCCCUAAACCUUCGAUCGGGAGAGGCGGAUCUAUCAGUGUCCUUCGGAGAAAGCUCAUCAUGGAAAUCAUGGAAAAGGCAGAUGGUGUAUACCCCGCGGGCACUGCAAUGUGGUAUCCUUUUGUCACUGCAUGGAUGAAGUUUCAUCCCAAUGAAAAACCAGACAUGCGAACUAUCAAUACUGCAUGCAAGCAAUUGAUUGAUGCCGGCCAGCUUCGGCAGCUGACUUUCAGCGGCCGAGACACGAGACAGGUGAUGGUGACAAGGACAUUAUUGCUGAAGCCUGAGGUUUCACCAGACGAUCCAUUGGUGAAAGAGAUGCAGAGCAAGGUUCUGGCUGCUGAUUUCCACGAGUCGCGGCCCUUUUUUGCGGCCAAUGUCGAGGUGGAUCCUAAUUUGACAAGAAAUAGUGGUCGACCACACGGUGCACCUCCCCGCGCGCAGAGAUUCUCCUUCCCCGUUGAAGAAGGAGCUCAUGUUCACUUGCAACAAAAGCCCAUUUCCAUUGUGAACCUAGAGGCAAGAAGAAGGAGACAGGCCCAGGCGAAUUUCAUCAAACGCCUGGAAGCCCAGGCCAAGGCAGCUAAGGCUGCUGAAGAAGAGGAUGAACUGCCUGAUUUGCCAGGAGUUCAGCGACUCAUGACACUUGCACGCCCCCCUGAAUUGGACCUUGAUGCUCAUCCGCACACGUCGAUUAUUCGUCCAUAUGUUCGAACAGGUACACGUGGUCCUGGCAAGCACCCAAAGUCUAUCAUACAUCCCAAGCAAAUGAUUAAACCAAUUUCCGCCAUUGGAGCGUAUGCCAUGUUAAUGAGCCCGACGCAACAAUUUGAUUCCGCUACUGGCACUUUCUCCACAGGGUCGUGCUCCAAACGCAGAAGGGGGAGACCAAUGGGAGCAAGACCGCCGGUUUCGAACAUUGAUGAAUCUGUCGAUGAGUUGUCUAGACUGGCCCAUGACGAACCAGACUUGCCGGAAAUGCCCAAAGCUGUCAAAAACAAGGUAUUACUUUCGAGAUUCAAUCAAAAGACCAAAAGGAUCCUCAAAUGGGAGCUUCACAAUCCUAUUGUCUUUGAAUCAAAAAUUGGAGGCCAGCAGUUUAUCAGGCAGACCAUUCAGGAUGGUUUUAAGCCAGCGCCAAUCACUGGCGAUAUUCGUUUUGAUAUGGAUAUGCCCCCUUCCCCCCUGAAACAGCUUCAAGUGGAACAGGAAUUGCCAGCACGGCGUAGCGAUGUCCGUCGCCAGCGUCCGUCUCUACCUCAGCCUCCUCCGACACCUACUCCGAAUGAUGAAACAUCAAAACGGACACCAAAACCAAGAAGGACACGGGCUCCUCGAGUCCCGCGUGCUCCUGUUACGGACCGUCGUCUGGCAAAACUUGAUGAUACUGCAACAGCCGACAAAGAAACGCAGUCCACGGCCCCUAAACGCAUUCGCCGACAGCGAUUCGUGCGCCCCAUUUCUGAAGAUCUUAAACAAAAGCUGGUGGUUGCUCUUGUCGUCGUUCGUGUGCUUGCAGGCGGGGCAGAAUCAAGAGUGAUCGAUUGGGCUCUUCUGACGAAAGCUUUCCCAGAUCAAGACUCAUCUUUUAUCGAAGCGCGAGCACGUCAAAUACUCAACAAGAAUCGCUUGCAGAUUACGAAGAUGCAUCGUGAUUUCCAAGAGUGCUUCCUUGAGGCUUAUGAAAAGGACGAAGUCCCGCGUAUUGACUAUUCCGAUUUGGACGGCUAUGACUGGCCUGCUCUGGUUGAGUGGGCAAGCACUAGGCUCAAUGUUUCCCCAUCUGAACAGGCUCCGGACCUUCCAGCAACUCGGGAGCAAUUCAACAGUGUUUUCGAACUACGUGAAGAUGCGCUUACGGCAGGCGACGAACUAUACCAGGCUGUGCACGGUGUCACUAUCAACCACAAACGCAACUUGAUGGCGCGCAAUCCAUUCGCUGUACCCGUAGAUGAUGAAACACGCACCCAGCCAGCUUCACGGAAGGCUGCUGCGGCACAACUUGAGGCCGCGAAGACAUGGGUUCGGGCCAAUAUCGUUACCGCGGAAGAGACCUAUCGACCCAAUGAGUCGAGUGAUAUCCUGCAGCGCUUUGGCGAUCGACUUAUCACCACUGCAACGCAGACGCUAAUCAACGAACGUGUCAUCAGCUCAACAACCCGUGGCCGCGUCACUCCUGGUCGCAAUUACGAUAUCUCAGAGUAUUUCCUGCAGACACUGAGUCGCAAACGUGCCGUCGAAAGCAUCCAGCUGCGUCGUGCCGCUCGUUUCAAGACAAAUAUGCUAGAUCUCCAAUUCCGGACUACUGGUUCGUCCGACGUCGACUACACCGCGGAAGAUGGCGAUAUCCUCGCACUGAUCAAUCUCUACGCUUCAGGUGCUAUUCAAAUGCGGCCUCGCGAUGCCCCCCGCGCCAAGUUCGGUCUCACUGAUGGCGGAUAUGAAACUCGGCAGAUGGACAAGAAACGCUUCCGUUUCCCCAUCGAGAUAACUCCCACCGCAGCCUACAGCUACGGUAACCCCGUCCAUGGCAAAGCUGCAGCCACGAUCCUUCCACCAGCGCCUUCAUCAUCAGACACGAAAAUGCCACCUAGAAACCCCCUUUGGUACGACAUCAACGGAGAGUUUGUACGCAGUCUCUGGGAUCUGGUGGUUGGCCCUGUCCUCGGCUGCCUGGUGAUGCGACCCGGUCUCAAGGCCGGUAGCAUUUCUAACAUGAUCAAGCCCACCAUGGGUACAUGGGAAACUGUGUUGAUGCUGCACUGGCUGGAGGAAGUUGGUAUUGUCAAGUCAUAUGGCGAGGGAGAGAUGGCUUGCUGGAGAUUGCAGGAGUCUUGGUGGAUGAUUCUAUCUUGA